AUGACGGGCAGACCAGCGAUUGUCGGCGGGGAGGCCGGUCCUGAACCGCCGUACCCUCUGCAGAUGGAAGGCAAGGUCAUUUCUGGGUUUGGCCGCGGCUCCAAAGAGCUCGGCAUUCCCACGGCCAACCUGCCCGUCGACGCCGCCGUGACGCCCUGGAUCGGCGACAUCACGUCUGGCGUGUACUUUGGGUACGCGGCGCUGUCGCUGCCGGCGUCGCACCCGGAGCACGCGCCGGCCGCGCCGGCGACGUCCUCCUUCUCCGUCUUCCCCAUGGUCAUGUCCAUCGGGUACAACCCGUUUUACAAGAACACGGUGCGCAGCGCCGAGGUGCACGUGCUGCACAAGUUUUCGCACGACUUUUACGACGCCCACAUGCGCCUGCUCAUUGCCGGCUUCAUCCGCGAGGAAAAGGACUACGAGAGCCUCGAGGCCCUGAUUGACGACAUCAACGUUGACUGCGACGUCGCCCGCAGCAGUCUGGCGCGCGAGCGCUGGGCGUACGGCGCGCUGCAGGGCGGGGAGUGGCUGACCAAGCCGCUGUAG